ACUGUGUGACGUCUUCGAGCGUGUCAGCACGUGUGUUCUGGCCGCAUUUGCUCGGGUAACGGAGUGAAGGGCCAUUUUUCGGAGUUGCUGAUGCUGAUCCAGUUGGAUCCUUAACUAUCACCUGCUGUCACUAAUAAUAAUCUCUUUUUUACAGAAUUUAUUUUAGUUAAAUUUUAAUAGUUUUUUUUUUAAAUAUGAAUGAAAUAGAAAGCUUGCAACAGAGAGUCAUAGAGCUCGAAAAUGAGCUGCGAGAAAAGAAAGAUAGAGAUGCAACAUUAACGAGGGAAAGGAUUGAACAUAUGUCAGAUGAAGUAGUGGAUUCAAACCCAUAUAGUCGAUUGAUGGCAUUGAAGCGUAUGGGUAUUGUUGAAAAUUAUGAGAAAAUACGAGAAUUAACGGUAGCUAUAGUCGGAAUUGGUGGUGUUGGUAGUGUAACAGCAGAAAUGUUGACAAGAUGCGGUAUCGGAAAGUUGCUACUGUUUGAUUAUGAUAGUGUAGAACUUGCAAAUAUGAACAGAUUAUUUUUUCAACCUUAUCAAGCAGGCCAGAGUAAAGUAGAGGCGGCAGCAAAUACUUUGCGUUACAUAAAUCCUGAUGUGGAAAUUGAAAUACACAAUUAUAAUAUUACGACUGUUGAUCAUUUUCAAGAUUUUAUGAAUACAAUAAGUAACUCUAGUUUGAAAAAUGGUCCAGUCGAUUUGGUACUGAGUUGUGUCGAUAAUUUUGAAGCUCGCAUGGCAAUAAAUACUGCAUGUAACGAACUUAAGCAGAAAUGGUUUGAAAGUGGAGUAUCUGAAAAUGCAGUGUCCGGUCACAUUCAAUUUAUUGUACCUGGUGAAACAGCCUGUUUUGCAUGUGCUCCACCUUUGAUUGUAGCAUCUAGCAUUGAUGAGAAAACCUUGAAACGUGAAGGAGUAUGCGCUGCAUCAUUACCUACUACGAUGGGUAUCAUAGCAGGCUUUUUGGUGCAAAAUGUUUUGAAGUUUUUAUUAAAAUUUGGAAAAGUGUCUCAUUAUUUAGGUUACAAUGCUAUGGAAGAUUAUUUCCCUACUAUGACUUUGCGGCCUAAUCCAAAUUGUGAUGAUGUAUAUUGUAAACAAAGGCAAAAAGAAUAUUUGACAAUGCCAAAAAUUCAACAGAAACAAAAUGUUAUUGAAGAAAAACCUGUACACGAAGAUAAUGAAUGGGGAAUUUGUUUGGUUGAUGAACAAAGUAAUCAUUCGAAUGAAAAAACAUGCGUAUUAUCAACUCCAGGUGUGCGACAUGCAUAUACUGUACCAGCGCCUACAUGUACAAGCAAUUCAGAAGGACAAACUGUUCCUGAAUCUACAGGAUUAAGUUUAGAAGAUUUAAUGGCACAGAUGAAAUCAAUUUGAAGAUAAUUUAAUAUAGACAAUGCCACAUUCCAUAUUAAAAAAUUUUUAAACUUUUAUAUUUACACAAUAUCAUAUGUAAUUACUUUGUCUUAGAUACGUAUAAAAUUACUUACUUCUUAUAAUUUGUAAAAUUAUCUACAUGGUUACUACAAAAAAGUAAUUUUCUAAUAACAGUGUAUUUUACGUGACGAUAGCAAUUUAAUAUUAAUGAAAAGAAUUAUGAAAAACGUGCUUAAUAUAAUAUUGUUUAAUUUCUGUAAUUCGUUUAUUUUCAAAAUAUUUAUACUUGUUUAUACUGAUUAGUAGUACAAUUAUAUCAAAACUUUAUUAAUAAAUAUUGUACAAGAACAAAA